AUGUCGUUCUACGCCGACCACUACUUCAACACUUGUCCUACUCCAUACUUCUGUCGCCCCACUCCAAUCUCCAUCACCAUCACUCCAAUCGCCUUCGCCACACCCUUAACACCCUUAACACCCUCCUCUCCGUACCCCCAUCCCGUCGAUGCAGAUGGCGAUGUCGUCAUGUGUGACAGCAUAAACUACGACCCGGACACUGACACACCUAUGCCUGACGCCCCUCCCCCUACUUCCAUUCCCAUCCCUACUACCCCUUCUUCUCCCCCCAAGCCCCCUACAAAGCCUAAGCCUACGAUCAAGUUGAACUUUGCUAAGAAGCCAACUGUUUCUGACACUGGCUCGCCGGCUCCAAAAUCGCCUACUAGUGCUGCUGCUAAAAGCCCGACGAAAUCUACUGCGAGAAAAUUCAGGGGUAGCAAAAGUGGUAAGAGUAGUAAGAGUAGUAGUAGUACUGCUCUGUCUCCUAUUGCCGAGAAUCCUACUAAACCUGUUAGAGGUAUGGAGAGGUAUUAUAGAGGAUUAAGAUACUAA